AGAGUAAAAAAAGAGAAACGUAGUGAUCGACCACAAGACAAGAACCACCCGUUCGAAGCGGGUAGGCGAACGCGACGACCGCCGCGACCGAACCUGAUCGAAGGCUCUCGAUCUUCCUCGAGCUCCGCCCUCCGACGAGAUCUCCGCCGGCGGUUCGAUCCCUCUCCCUCUCUUUAAAAAAAUCUCUCGGCUAGAGAUUCGAAUCUCAUCGCUUGCCUCGCUGCCUGCUGGAGCUGGAGGUCAUCAUGUCGCAGAAGAGGCAGCCCGAAGAGGAGAGGGAGGCAGGUCCGUCGUCCACCGGAAGGGCGUCUCCCAACGAGAAGCGCCCCAGGACCUUCCAGUGGGUCGUCAAGGAGGUGUUGAUGUUACAAAAAGUUAAUAAGUGGUUUGAGGUGAUGGAGCCGUUGAUGCGAAAAAUUAUAAGGGAAGAAGUUGAAAUGGCUUUUUCAAAGCAUUUGGCCAGUUUUACAAGGCAAUGUGAAAAGCAGGUUGGUUCUGCCAUUCGAAGUCUACGACUUGAGUUCAAGAAUAAGCUUUCUCUUCCUAUAUUCACUGGUAGUCGAAUAGAAGGGGAGAAUUCAUCAGCCAUCUCUGUUACUUUAGUUGAUGCCUUCACUGGGGAAGUCACUACAAUAGGUCCUGUAUCAUCAUUGAAGGUGGAAAUAGUUGUUCUGCAUGGAGAUUUUGAAGUUAGUGAGGAUGGCAAUUGGACCGCUGAUGAAUUUAAGAACUAUAUUGUGAAAGAAAGGGAUGGCAAGCGCUCAUUGCUAACUGGUGAUGCUUUUCUGGAUCUUAAAGGAGGGAUUGGUGUGGUAGGAGAACUGGUAUUUACAGAUAACUCUAGCUGGACAAGAAGUCGAAAAUUCAGGCUCGGAGCAAGAAUUGCUGAUGGUCAUUGCAAUGGAAUCAGAAUAAGAGAAGCCAAGACUGAACCUUUCGUGGUUAAAGACCACCGUGGUGAAUUAUACAAGAAACAUUAUCCCCCAUCACCCGAUGACGAAGUAUGGCGCCUGGAGAAGAUUGGCAAAGAUGGUGCCUUUCACAAGCGUCUAAGCAUUUCAAAUAUUAAUACUGUCAAGGAAUUCCUGUUGUUAUUUUGGAGCGAUUCCACAAGGCUCCGAAAUAUUUUAGGCAGUGGAAUGUCUGCUAAGAUGUGGGAAGUCACUGUCGAUCACGCCCGAACAUGUUUUCUUGGUGACGAGGUGCAUGUAUACUACCCAAAUGGCCAAAGGAAAACUGGGUUCGUCUUCAAUGUUGUUGGAGAAGUGCUCGGUACCUACUCGGAGCAGCAAUUUAUCCCGCUUUCUGAGCUCCAAAAUAACGCAAAGAUAGAAGCACUUACUCUUGGGAAACAAGCAUCUGAACAUUGGAAUGAUGUUGUAACCUACGAUAAAGAUGAAAUUCUGGGGACCUCUCUGCCUGAGCCUUCAGUUUCUUUCUAUGGAGCAGAAAACCUGUUUAGUAGCUUCCCCAGUCCCAUCAAGAACGAUGCCUUUGGUUUUGCUCACUCUGGCAUUCUGUCACCUGAUGUGUUCCCCAUGGGUAUCAGAGACUUUGAUACUUACCCCCUUGAUAAUCAUAGCGCUUCUCUCUUCGACGAGUGCAGCAGUCAAGCUUUCCACAGUGAAGAAAACUUCCAUUACUUAACUAACCUCAUUUCUGGCUCACCAACGGAUCUACCAGUUACGACUGCGCACACCAAACCUCGCAAAAUUUGGAAGACCUUGUCAGUUGUGUUUAUGUUCAUAAGGAGGAUUGUUAUAACAAUGAAGACAAGGGUACACAAAGCUUAGAUUGCAGAGGUGCAUCUUGAAACCAUUAGGUUUUUAUAUCCUAAAAUGAAAUGCAGGGGGAUGUUUGCUUUGCAUUGUACUUGUUCACGUUUAUUGUAAAUUGCUGGAGGAAAAAAGAAGUUUGGGCCCCUGUUAUAAUCUCUAUAGAAAAGUGUACAUAGAGAAUGCUUAGCACCUAAGGGUGAAAUUUGAUGUGCCAAUGAUGCAUAUUUUUGUGUCGGUCAGGUUUAUCUGUUUCAUAUAAACAGCUUUAGGAUUGUGAACAUUAUAAUAUAUAGCUAUUACAAAUGUUAUGUUUGUUUUGUUUUAAA